AUGUUACACCGGUUCUGUGUACUUAUAUGUGUAAUGUACGCAAUUCUUCAUGAAACAGAUGAUUCGACUGCUAUCAAUUUUAGUGAAUGUGGAAAGUUUUUCCCAGAAAAAGGUUUACAAAUAGUUACUGUUGGUGCUAAGUACUUGCGGAUUUUCCGUGCAAAUCCAUAUGCCUUAGUACUGAAAAAUGAACAGCAGUGGACCCAGACGACAAGACUAGAGUGUUUAUUAGAUGUACGAUUGUUAGCACCUGUUCAAGCAUUUGGUGUUGUUAGAAUUUCACAAAAUCCUGACUGCGAUAGUCUUCUAUUGGGAUUUGAUGAUGCAAAACUUUCUGUCGUAGCUGUUAAUCCUGCUGAACGAUGUUUAAAAACACUUUCCUUACAUUGCUUUGAAGAUGAGCUGUUAAAAGAUGGAUUUACAAAAAAUUUACCUCGUCCAAUUAUUCGUAUCGAUCCGGGUCAACGAUGUGCCACAAUGCUUAUAUUUGGAAGAUAUCUUGCUGUAAUUCCGUUUAACGACUCAAGUUCUCAGUUACAUUCUUAUACGGUGCAGCUGUCACAAAUAGACUCUCGUCUUACCAAUGUUGUGGACAUGAUUUUUCUUGAUGGCUAUUAUGAACCAACAUUAUUGUUUUUGUAUGAAUGUGUUCAAACAACUUGUGGACGUGCUUGCGUACGAUAUGAUACAAUGUCCGUGCUCGGUGUUUCACUGAAUGUUAAAGAACAAGCUCACGCCUCUGUGUGGCAGUUAAGUAAUUUACCGAUGGAUUGCAACCAGCUUUUGGCCAUACCUCAACCAGUUGGUGGAGUUUUGAUCUGUGCUACAAACGAGCUUAUUUAUCUAAAUCAAUCAGUCCCUCCAUGUGGCCAGUUUUUUUAUUUCUUAAAAUUUGGAUUCAAAAAACCGUUGAUUUUAUGUAGAAUCUCAUUAAAUAGUUGCAUGGAUGGUUAUACGAAAUUUCCGCUGAAAGAUUGUAAGCAUAUGCUCAUGACAUUGGAUGGUUCUGCAAUAACUGCUAUUUCUACGAAUAAGAUUCUAGUUUGCAAUCGUGAUGGGCUUUUAUUUAUUUUAACUUUGGUUACAGAUGCCACAAAUUCUGUCAAGUCAUUGGAGCUGAAAUUUCAGUAUGAGACUGUUAUACCUUACACUAUGACUUUUUGCGCACCUGGCUAUCUUUUCAUUGGUUCUCGUCUUGGUGACUCUGUAUUAUUACAUUACAGUUUUAGUCACCCUGCAUCAGAAGAAUCUGCCGCGAAAAAAAUGAAAUUGAAUUCUGAGUAUAACUCAAACGAAGAAGAUGAGGAUGUUGAGUUAUAUGGGGAAAUACUUCCAAAGAAUUUGAUGUCCGACAUUUUUAAUCAGGUGCUGAGAACGGAAGCUGUAGAAGAAACAAUGAAUAUUCGGUUGCUGGAUAAAUUACUUAAUGUUGGUCCUUGCAAGAAAAUUACAGGUGGUUGUCCAAACGUUAGUACCUACUACCAAGAACUUCCUCGGAAAGAUCCACUUUUUGACUUGGUGUGCGCAUGUGGACAUGGAAAGUGUGGUAGUAUUUGUAUAUUUCAACGAAGUGUUCGUCCCGAAAUCAUCACAAGUAGCAAUAUUGAGGGGGUCGUGCAAUACUGGGCUAUUGGACGUCGUGAAGAUGAUACUCAUAUGUAUUUUAUUGCUUCCAAAGAAAUAGGAACUUUGGCUCUUGAAACAGACAAUGAUUUAGUAGAAUUAGAAGCACCCAUUUUCGCAACUUCAGAAUCAACUAUUGCCGCUGGUGAUUUAGCGGACGGUGGUUUAGCAAUUCAGGUUACUACAUCAAGCAUCGUAAUGGUUGCAGAAGGACAGCAAAUUCAAUAUAUACCUUUGCAGUUGACAUUUCCAGUUCGUAGUGCUUCUAUUGUAGAUCCAUAUGUAGCCAUCUGUACUCAGAACGGUAGAUUAUUGCUGUUUGAGUUGACCAGUCAUCCACAUGUGCAUCUCAAGGAAGUUGAAAUUUUGAAAAGAUUACGCCAUGAAACAUCACCGAUAACGUCUUUAUCAAUUUAUCGUGAUAUGAGUGGUAUUAUACGAUUUUGCUCUUUAUCAAAUAUGUCACAACAUAUGUCUAGCAGUUUAAGUACGAAAGUUGCUGAACAGUAUUUCGAUGAUGUUGACGAUCUGCUUUUAUAUGGAGAUUCUAGGAAGCCAAAAAAAGAAAUGGUAUCUAAACGGAGGAUCGUUGGAACGAAACCGACGGAGCAAAAUACUCAUUUUGAUACUGAUAUAGUUGACCCUAAUACAAUCGUACCUUCACAUUGGAUUGUGAUUGCUCGAGAAAAUGGCAAUAUAUACAUUUAUUCUAUACCAGAAUUACAUUUGGUUUUUAUGGUUAAGAAAAUCAGUCAUUUGCCAGAUGUUGCAACUGAUCAACCAUAUGUAGAAGAUGAACCAUCUGUAGGAGAUGGCGUCGAUGCGUUAUCUGGAACAAUGGUCGACACGUUUGCUGCAAAGCCAGAAGAAGUGAUAAUGGAAGUGUUGCUUGUGGGGAUGGGUAUGAAUCAAGGACGCCCAAUGCUUUUCUUACUAAUUGAUGACAUGGUUUCAAUCUACGAAAUGUUUCCUUAUGAUAAUGGUGUUCAAGGGCAUUUGGCUAUAAGGUUUAAACGACUCCCGUACACAUCAGUAACAAGAUCCUGUCGUUUUCAAGGUGUGAAUGGCCGAGCAGCAGUAGAAUCAGUCAGGGAUGCAGUUAGGCAUAAACCUGUAUUGCAUCCUUUCGAAAGGAUAGGAAAUAUUCUAAAUGGUGUAUUUAUUUGUUCUUCAUACCCAUGCAUUUUCUUCUUGGAAAUCGGUAUACCACGACUUCAUCCUCUUAAUCUUGAUGGACCCAUAUUAUCUUUUACCACUUUCAACAAUAUUGCUUGCCCGAAUGGAUUUAUUUAUUUGACAGAGAGGGAACGGCUAAUGCGUGUGGCGAAAAUGCCAAAUGAUGUCAUACUCGACGCAUCAUAUCCAGUGAAAAGAAUCCACAUUGGAGUGACUGUGCACAAUGUUACAUAUUUAUUACAUUCGAAUACUUAUGCGGUUCUAACCAGUGAAAAAAUCAAUGUAAAAAAAAUGUGUGUACUGAUAAAUGAUGACAAAACAUUCGAGGAACAUGAAAAACCGGAUACAUUUAUUUAUCCACAAAUAGAUCAAUACAAAUUAAACUUAUAUUCACCAGAGGAUUGGAAACCUGUGCUAAAUGCAGAAGUGAAUUUUGAUGAGUUUGAAGUUGUCACUAGUAGUGAAGAAGUUGUUUUACGUUCUGAAAGCACUGUAUCCGGCGUGCAAAAUUACUUGGCUAUUGGCACUGCAUGUAAUUUUGGUGAAGAAGUUUUGGUACGAGGCCGAAUCAUUAUUUCAGAAGUCAUUGAAGUAGUACCAGAACCAGGACAGCCAACUAGUAAACAUCGAAUAAAAACACUAUACGAUAAAGAACAAAAAGGGCCAAUAACUAGUUUAUGUUCCUGUAAUGGCUAUCUAUUAACUGGCAUGGGUCAAAAGGUGUUCAUAUGGUUAUUUAAAGAUAAUAAUUUGCAAGGAAUAUCCUUUUUGGACAUGCAUUUUUAUAUACAUGAACUAACUGGUGUUCGAAACCUUGCUCUUGCUUGCGAUAUGUAUCGUUCUGUUGCACUGCUCCGAUAUCAGGAAGAACACAAAGCACUUUCCCUAGCUAGUCGUGAUAUGCGUUCUGAUGUGCAAUCGCCAAUGGCUUCUCAGUUUAUGGUUGAUAAUAAACAGUUAGGAUUUCUGAUGUCUGAUGAAGCAGCUAACAUUGCUAUGUUUAAUUAUUUGCCAGAAACUUUGGAAUCGUUGGGAGGAGAGAAAUUGAUAUUGCGUGCUGAGAUUAAUAUUGGAACAUUAGUGAAUUCAUUUAUUCGGGUGAAAGGACAUGUUUCAAGUGGUUUUGUCGAAAACGAAUUACACUCAUUAGAAAGGCAAAGUGUUUUUUUCGCUUCGUUGGAUGGGAGUUUUGGAUAUCUACGUCCACUCACUGAAAAGGCUGGCUUUUCAUUUUUUGUUUUUCGACGACUACACAUGUUGCAGCAAUUAAUUUCAUCCGUAGUUGUACAAAAUGCUGGCUUGAAUGCAAAAGGAUCGCGUGCGCCACGACCACAAAAACCAAAUCAAUUUGGUAAUACUCGAAAUUUGGUUGAUGGUGAUGUGGUUAUGCAAUAUUUGCAUCUUUCAUUGCUAGAAAAAAAUGACUUGGCUCGUAAAUUAGGAACAAGUCGCUAUCACAUAAUGGAUGAUCUCACUGAAAUUCGUAGGCUUACAACGCAUUACUGA